AUCGGAUAGUUCGAAUUGAAUUUUCGGAUUGGGAUAUUUUUGAACACCCUAGCUCCAGCUCUGACGUCUAAAUUCCCUUCAACUCUUGUAUACAGUUUACAAAUUUCUUCAGUGCAGCGAGCUUGGUGCAGGAAGGCCGAAGGUUUCUCUUGUGGCGGCGGCGGCCACCGGCGACACACCUUUUAGGGUUCAGGAGCGAAUGGCGACUCGUUGCAAGUUUUGGCUGCCGAAGAAGAAGAGAUUCUGUGCAAUUCCGCCGCUCUCUAAUUCCGAAUUCUGCGGUAAUCACUCCAAAAGAUCCGAUGACGUCUGGAUUCUAUGCUCAAUCGAUCCAUCUCAUUCUGUAUUGGAGUCAAACCUUGAGUCUCACCUUAAGCGGUGCCCGUUGCUUAAACAUCAGAACUCGUUGUCUCUUCAACCUUUUUAUCUAAAAGGUAUUAAUGGAGGCGGUCAAGAAGAAGAAGAAGAAGGUGUCAGCUCGGAGUCCAAGCGGAUGGCUGUGCAUUCCAUGACUGCUCCUCAAUUUAUCAAGCUAAUUGAAAAGAUUAAAUCUGUUCAUGCUGAGAUAUGUAAGGAUAUUCUAGAGUCUUACACUGAUCCGGAUGCGUGUAAGAUUUGGAUUAACCGCGCUAUUGACUGGAAAAUACCAUUUCAAGAAAAGCAUGUUAUCCAGCAGGCAUCAAUUCUUGGAAACUUGGAGAAGCUUGGAGCAUUGAAGUCGUCUAGUAUUGGAGAACAACUUCAAUGUGACACUUCAUCUGCAGAUUCUAGUGAUUCUCCUGCAGUUGUUGAGUUUGGAGCAGGGAGGGGGUACCUGACACAAAUGCUAGCGGACUGUUAUGGCGUCUCAAAAGUCUUUUUGGUUGAACGGAAAUCAUAUAAACUUAAGGCUGAUCGAAGCUUGCGACAGAAAGAGAGCUUGAUAUUAGAGCGGUUGAGAAUUGACAUUGAGGACUUAAAUUUGAAUGCAAUCGUGGCAUUACAAGGAGUACCUUAUUUGGCGAUCGGAAAACAUCUGUGUGGACCUGCGACAGAUAUGACCUUAAGAUGUUGCGUUGGGGAAGGUGCAGCCAAAUCAUACUUUAGAGGACUUUCUAUAGCAACUUGUUGCCACCAUCUCUGCCAAUGGAAGCAUUAUAUCAAUAAAGAUUUUUUCUUAAAUUUAGGGAUUACGAAAGACGAUUUCCAUGCAAUUACAUGGUUUACCAGCUGGGCCGUAGACGCAGACCAUAGUUCAGACGUUGCUGAUACAAACACGGAAAAUGUUAAGAAUAUCUGUGGAGAUAUUAAUAUGUCUGUUGCAGAGCGGGCUGCGCUAGGGUUUAUGUGCAAAGAUAUUAUUGAUGCAGGGAGGUUUAUGUGGCUGAGGGAAUAUGGACUAGAAUCCAAGCUUGUCAAAUAUGUUCCAUCUAACAUCUCGCCUGAAAACCAUUUGCUCAUCGCAAAGCGUGGAAGAUCUUGAUUUGGAAUUUAGAAUUGGGAACAUAGAUAGGAAAACACCAUGUAAGAGUUGACUAUGUAUUAGAUUUUGAUACUGAUUUUAGAUGAAACUUUAGGUUUUUUUUUGUUUUUUAAACGGCUGGAUUUUAUAUUAAGAUUUGUUUCCCAGCUUAUGGAACUAGAUUUUGAUACUAAAAUGAUUUUGUUUUCAGAAAACCAAA